CGUCUGCUCAAGUGCCCGAGGGUUUGAUUGUGCCUCGUGUAUGCCCCGGCAUCAAGCGGGAGGCAGCCGCCGCGCCCGUAACAUUUCUCAAGAAGCCUGGCUGGCUUUGCAGGAGCAGGGGCAGCAGGUAGGAGCAGGAGGCCGACGGCGACGAGCUGCCAUCAUCACCACAGCGAGCUGCGAGCAAGCGGCGAGAGCGGGACCCAACUAACCUAGGACCGCCGACCACCACAAGCACACACGCAUCACUCACUCUCGCCUCGCAUCUCAUUUCGCCACCACUCUCAUCUCAUCUUACCCCCUUUUUCCCACCUUUUUCCUCUUUCUUAACCUCCUCAUCUUCCCUUGGGUCCUCCCUCUCCUCUCCCCUCCUCGUCGUAUUCGCCAAAAUGCCUGGCUACGACAAUCCGCAAACACCGGGCACUCCCGCCUCGGGCCACUACGGCAGCUACGACCAGCCUGGAUCUCAGCAGGCUCUCAACGACCAGGACGGACAGUACUACCACUUCUCGGACAAGGAGGCGGGCGCUGGCGCUGGUGGUGCUGGUGCGGGCGCAGCAAAGGGCAACUGGUUCUCUAGGCACAAGCUCCUCACCGGUAUCAUCGCCGCCGUUGUUCUCCUCGCCAUUGCUCUCGGUGCCGGGCUCGGUGCUGGACUUGGCUCCAAGUCGAACAGCGACUCCUCAUCAUCUUCGUCGGCCAACGACAGCGGUUCAAGCAGCGGUAGCUCGAGCGGCAGCGGCAAGAACUCGGGUUCGGGCUCGUCUUCGGGCGGUUCGUCAUCUUCCGACAAGACGAUCACACCGCUGCCGAAGUGGAAUCUCACUGACACCGACACCAAGAUGUACGGCGCCUCGCUCGGCAGCUGGCUGCUGCUCGAGCGAUGGAUGAACGAGGACUGGAUGGUCAACACCGCAGGCGCAGAUGCCUGGGAUGAAUGGACCUUCAUCGAGAACCUGGGAAGGGACAAGGCUCUCGCUGCUCUCAAGGACCACUGGGACACUUGGGUCACCGAGGCUGACCUCGACCUCAUGCAGAGCGCCGGCUUCAACACGAUCCGUAUCCCCGUAGGCUACUGGGCCUUUGUUCCCGCCGCCGAGGGUGAGCCCUACCUCGCUCAGUCUGGCCAGACUGAGCAGCUCCAGAAGAUGUUCGGCUGGCUCCAUGACCGCAAGAUGUACGCCUCCAUUGACAUGCACGGCAUGCCCGGCUCGCAGAACGGCGACCAGUCUUCUGGUCACAACACCUCGUCAUCGUCGCAGAAGAUUGGCUGGUUCAGCGACACCAACCAGCAGAUUUCGAUGCAGGCAAUCAACGCCGCCAUCUCCUUCAUUCAGGGCAGCAACUAUAGCUCCGUCGUCAACUCCAUCGGCAUUGUCAACGAGCCUCGCCCUUGGGACGGCUCCUUCUCUCAGAGCCAGAAGAACAGCAACGCGCAGAUCACUCGCGACUUCUACGAAAACGCCUACCAGGCCUGCAAGAAGGCCGGUAUCCCUGCCAUCUUCCACCACGGCUUCUACUCUGGCAGCGGUACGCCCGCGCAGUACUGGGCCGACUUUGCUACGGGCAAGGACCCCAACUACUUGGCCUACGAGGACCACCCUUACCCGGGCUGGUUCACGCCCCAGAACACCUCGAGGUCGUACAUGCAGAACAACGUUUGCCAGAUCGUCCAGGGCGGUGUAGGCUACCCGGUCCCCAUGAUCAUCACCGAGUGGUCCUCGAUCAACGGUGUCUACGACGAUGACUGGACUCGCACUUACACGAACCUCCAGGCUGCAGGCUACGCCUGGUCGGGUGGCUCCGUCUUCUGGUCUUUCAAGACGACGCACUCGAAGACUCAAGUCCUCGCUCUGCCCGACAACCUGCAGGACAUGUACUCUGCCGUCACGCUCAUCAACAGCGGCGUCAUCCCCAAGCCGUCGGCCAAUCAAACGAACAAGCAGUUCCUCGAGGCUCAGUCUGGUGCGGACACUUGUGGACAAUGGCCCGUAGAGUCGUGGACCAACCCGUCAACUCAGGGUGCUGGCUACUCAGGGAGGAGGAGGAGCCUUGAGGAGAGCGUUUCAUCCGACGAGAUGUUGAUGGGCAAGCGCAGGCUCGACUAGGGGUCAGGCCAAUGACCAGCAACGCGCCAGCCUUCUCACGCUUCCCCAUCCUUUUUGUAGUAGUACGCUUUUUCCAUCCACACACGACCCCCUGCUCCUUACAAACGCACGCUCUCUUCGCUCUUGCGGCCCUGGCUCACGGUCCUGUUCUCUCAGUACACAGCGAAGAGGAAGCGUCUCGUCGAUGCAGUCUCUCCCACCACCACACCAGUCUAUCGUAUAUAGCAGACGCUCUCUCCCUCUGGCUUUUCAUCAUUCAUUCAGCCAGCAACAUCGGCAUGCAUGUACGGGAUGAUGCGAGCGCAGAUACAAAAACACAUGACCUUCUCUUGGAAUGGACACUUGCUUUGACUGAUUGAGGU